CUCCUGGUUUGGUGAACGAAUCCUGGCUGCCUCUGCCCCUGGCCUGCCUUUCUCUUCUUCAAGGAAUUACGACUUCUCCAUUGGUGUCUAAAGGAUCUGUGAGGAAGAGGUGCCUCAGAAGUCAGUACACAUAAGACGUGGUAGCAGGUAAGAUGGCGUCAGGAAUCCUGGUGGACAUAAAGGAGGAGGUGACCUGCCCCAUCUGCCUGGAGCUCCUGACAGAACCCCUCAUUCUACCCUGUGGCCACAGCUUCUGCCAAGCCUGCAUCACCUCAACCCAAAAAGAGUCUGUGACUGGCCAAAAAGUAGAGAGCAUCUGCCCUGUGUGCAGAAUCAGUUACCAGCCUAGGAACAUUCGGUCUAAUUGGCAUCUGGCCAACAUAGUGGAGAGGCUCAGGAUGGUCAAGGCGAGGCCAGAGGAGGAGCAGAAGAGAGAUGUCUGUGUGCACCAUAAAGAGAAACUCCUGCUCUUCUGUAAGGAGGAUGGGAAGGUCAUUUGCUGCCUGUGUGAGCAUUCUCAGGAGCACCAAGGUCACCACGUAUUCCCUAUGGAGGAGGUUGCCCAGGAGUACCAGGAGAAGCUCCAGGCAGCUCUGGUGAUACUGAGGGAGGACCAGCAGGAAGCUGAGAAGUUGGAAGCUGAAGUCAGAGAAGAGACAAUUUCCUGGAAGAAGCAAUUACAAAGUGAGACACAACGUGUCCAGGCAGAGUUUAAACAAAUGAGAGAUACCUUGGACAGUGAGGAGCAGAAAGUGCUGCUAAAGCUAAAGUAUGCGGCAGGAGAUAUUCUACAUAACCGGGCCGAGGCUGAGAGUGAGCUGGUCCAGCAGAGCAAGUUGGUGAGAGAUCUCAUCUCAGAUGUGGAGCAUCGGUUACAGGGGUCAACAAUGGAGAUGCUGCAGGAUGUAAAUGACAUCAUGAAAAGGUAUGUCAGAAGUGCAGGAUGAUCAAUUUUUGUCUUCUCUAGGAGUGAUACUUGGACCUUGAAAAGGCCAAAAAUGGUUUCCAAGAAACUGAAGAGUGCAUUCCGAGUUUCAGAUCUGAGCAGGAUGCUGCAAAUGUCUAAAGAGCUCACAGAGGUCCAACGCUACUGGGUGGACAUGGUGCUGAAUCCAGUCUACACUACCUCAAAUAUUGUUGUAUCUGUGGAUCAGAGACAAGUGAGAGUUCCGCAACUCAUUACAUCUAAGAAUACAGAGUCAUGUGAAUUUUCUGAUUUUGAUGUCCUGGGCCACCAAUGUUUCUUCUCAGGGAAGUACUACUGGGAAGUAGACGUGUCUGAGAAAAUUGCCUGGAUCCUGGGGAUAUGCAGUAGGGAAAGUUACUUCAAUAAGAAAUACUUCGAUGGGCUUAUUUUAUCUGCAGAUGUAAAUCAAAGAAAUGUUUACUCUAGAUACAGCCCUCAGUACGGCUACUGGGUUAUAGGGUUACAGAAUGGAUCUGAGUACAAUGCCUUUGAGGACUCCUUUACCUGUAGUCCAAAAGUCUUGAGUCUUCCCAUGGCUGUUCCUCCUCGUGUUGUUGGGAUUUUCCUAGACUAUGAAGCUUGCACUGUAUCAUUUUUCAAUGUCACAAACCGUGGGUCACUCAUCUACAAGUUCUCUAAAUGUCACUUUUUUCAGACAGUUUAUCCAUAUUUUAAUCCUUGGAACUGUCCAGGCCCCAUCACUCUGUGCCCACCAAGCUCCUAAACAAUUUUAAUCCCUCACCUACUUCUGCGUAGUGCCCUUGACCUGGGGAUCAUCUCAUGUACCUGAGUUUAUUUGCACCAUUUUGACUUCCUCUUCCUUUUUUCCUCUUCUUUUAUUUAGAAUGUCUUUGUAUUAGUCUACUAGGGCUGUUAUAACAAAGUACCAUAGACUGGGUGACUUAAACAACAGCAAUUUAUUGCCUCCCAGCUCUGAAGCCUGAAAGUUCAAAAUCAAGGUGUCAACAGAGUUGGUUCUUUCUGAGGGCUGUGAGGAAAAGAUCAGUUCUUGGUUUCUCUCUCUGGUUUGUAGAUAGCUAUCUUCUUCCUAUGUCUCUUCACAUCAUCUUCUUACUGUGCAUGACUCUGAGUCUAAUUUUCCUCUUUUUAUAAGAGCAUCAGACAUAGUGGAAUGGGGCCUAUUCGAAUGAUAUCAUUUUAGCUUAGUUACCUCUGUAAAGACCCCAUCUCCAAAUAAGGUCACAUUCUGAAGUAUUAGGGCUUAGGACUACAACAUCUGAAUUUGGGGGAACACAGUUCAACCUAUAACUCUCUUUACUCUUCUUUACCAUACAGUGAAAUCUUGAACUGUUUCUUCCUAAAAUCUUGUUUUCAUUAAGAGAGAAUGCUUAUUUUUCUGUAGUUGA